AUGACCGGGCAGAGCCUGCGGGCUUUAGCCGAGGCGAACGUGGAAGACGGCGAGAUCAGCAUCAACGUGGGAGGCUUUAAGAAGAAGAUGCGCUCCAACACCUUGCUGCGGUUCCCGGAGACGCGCCUGGGCAAGCUGCUGAGCUGCCACUCCCGGGAGUCGAUCUUGGAGCUGUGCGACGAUUACGACGAUGCCAAGAACGAGUUCUACUUCGACAGGAACCCCGAGCUGUUCCCCUACGUGUUGCACUUCUACAACACGGGCAAGCUGCACGUCAUGGGCGAGCUCUGCGUGUUUUCCUUCAGCCAGGAGAUCGAGUACUGGGGGAUCAAUGAAUUCUUCAUCGACUCGUGCUGCAGCUACAGCUACCACGGCAGGAAGAUGGAGCCCGAUCAAGAGAAAUGGGAAGAUCAAAGCGAGCAGGAAAGCACCACCUCUUCCUUCGAUGAGAUCUUGGCCUUCUACAACGAUGCCUCCAAGUUUGACAGGCAGCCCUUUGGAAACAUCCGGAGGCAGCUCUGGCUGGCUUUGGACAACCCUGGCUACUCCGUCUUGAGCCGAAUAUUCAGCAUCCUUUCCAUAGUGGUUGUUCUCGGCUCCAUUGUGACCAUGUGCCUGAACAGCCUUCCAGACUUUCAGAUUGUCGACAGCAGUGGGAAUUCGGAGGAAGAUUCCCGAUUUGAAAUCGUGGAACAUUUUGGGAUUGCAUGGUUCACCUUUGAGCUGGUGGCCAGGUUUGCCGUGGCUCCUGACUUCUUCAAGUUUUUCAAGCAUGCACUAAAUCUGAUUGACCUCAUGUCCAUCCUCCCAUUUUACAUUACCUUGAUUGUUAACUUGGUUGUGGAAAGUAGCCCGGCAUUAGCAAAUUUAGGGAGAGUAGCCCAAGUCCUGAGACUUAUGAGGAUCUUUCGGAUCUUAAAACUUGCUAGACAUUCGACUGGCCUUAGGUCUCUUGGAGCCACCUUAAAGUAUAGCUAUAGAGAGGUAGGACUUCUCUUACUUUACCUCUCUGUUGGGAUUUCUAUCUUCUCAGUAGUAGCUUACACCAUUGAAAAAGAAGAAAACGAGGGUUUGGCCACCAUCCCUGCUUGCUGGUGGUGGGCUACAGUUAGCAUGACCACAGUUGGCUAUGGAGAUAUUGUCCCAGGGACCACUGCUGGCAAACUGACAGCAUCUGCAUGCAUCCUAGCUGGUAUCCUGGUGGUAGUGCUUCCUAUAACUCUCAUCUUCAAUAAAUUCUCUCACUUCUAUAGGCGUCAGAAGCAGCUAGAAAGUGCCAUGAGGAGCUGUGAUUUUGAUGAUGGAAUGAAAGAGGUUCCAUCAGUCAAUUUAAGGGACUACUAUGCCUAUAAAGUAAAAUCCCUUAUGGCCAGUCUUACCAAUAUGAGCAGGAGUACUCCCAGUGAACUAAGUCUCAAUGAUUCUCUGCAUUAG